GCGUCUGAAAAGCAAACGCUUGUAGGCCAGGAGGUUGAGUGCAGCGGAGAGUACGUGUGUCGGUGUUGGUCUCUAGUCUUGCUGGAUGUGGCGGCCAACUGAAUAAGAUGAUGUUGUUCUCGUUGCCAGUGGGUCGUAUCGCCUUUCAUUAACACCGUCUGGUCGACUAACAGUCUAGUCGAAGCCUUGUUGUCACUGUCUAGAAAACUGCUCCGAGUUACUUAGAGUCGUCUAUUCAUCCGUAAACUAAACUACAGCCUGGCCUGGAGUGGUGGCUGGAAAGACUGCGGGAAAUGUCCAGUCGGUCACCGUCGCCACGACAGAUGUUGGCCCUUCCACACCACCACCAUCACCACCAGCAAGUCCAACAGCAGUGCCACGUUCAGCAUCAGCCACCGCCGCAGCAGCAGCAGCAACAGCAGCAGCUGCACAUCCUUCCACCUUCACACUACAGAUAUCAAAAGAUGACACCAACCGAGGCGGAUGCAGCAGCUCCGGGAGGCUACACAUUUUACCCAGCCCGAAUGCCGGAGCCGGCUGCUGCGGCAGUUGCCUACGGAAAUCACAUUGCAACUCAACCGUGCACCUUGACUCCGGCGCCUAUUGUCGUGGAGCCCGCAGCAUCGAUGCCAAUUUUGGCACAGACCCAGCCAGCAGGCAGUGCAAUGCCUCAUCGCCAUGCCAAGCACAGCACGGAGCACAGAUACGCGCCGUAUCAUGCCGUGUCUCGCGAGGCAGCCAUACAGCAUGGGUCUGCAGCCCCGCCGUUGAUUCCGGCCAUGACGAACAGCAGUGCACACGCUAACCACACGUCCGCCUACGAGCAAACACCCAACAUGGGCAGUGCGGGCGGCAUGCAGGCUACCCCAACCUCUCCACAGCAGCUGCAGACCAGCAUGGAUCCGUCACGACACAGCCACUACAGUCACGACGACCGCUCCAUGAAGCAAUCCGGACACGCCGAAUACUCGCACUAUCCCAACGGACCGUACAAAGUGAGGAGACCGAGCGAGAUGGCACAGACACCUGAUGGGAUGGGUCACCGUAGCCCUCUCUACGGUGAAAUGGGAGCGGGCACACAGACCGCUCACGGCGACCGCGGCUCCAUCUUCAUCACGCCACCGCCACCAUCCUCCGGUGUCGCCAUCAUGCACUCUCAUCACAUGCCCGCGAGGGCUGCUCACUAUGACGACGGCAAGGCACAGUCCGUAGCAACCACGCCGCACCAGUACGGCGUGGUGCCCCAACAGAUGGCCGGCUACGAUGCCGGAGCGGAACACGGUGAUCAGGCUACGGUAGCGUCACCGACUGCGGCACAGCUUCACGCCGAUAACGGACUAUGGCAACCGACCGCAUCGCUUGACAUGAUCGGAAGACAACAGCACGCACAUAUAUCUCAGGGGGAAUAUGGUGGUCGGCCUCAGCCAAAGAAUUCCUCCGGUGACACACUGCCAAGUCCUGAGACCAGCUCACCCGGCGGAGAGGAUUGCGAAGGUGCAUCCUCAUCACACAAGUAUCUUCCCCUCAGCAGGCACAUCGGCCAGAAGCUGAAGCCCAGCGACGAGUUCACCACCGUUCCAGGUCGCCUGUCUCUCCUCGGCUCUGCCAGCAAAUACAUCGUGACAAUUGGAGAGAUACAGCGGCGACUGUCGCCUCCAGAGUGUCUGAAUGCAUCGCUUCUUGGUGGUGUUCUUCGCAAAGCCAAGGCUCGUAACGGAGGUACUGACCUCCGCCGAGCACUGGAGGAGAUUGGUCUUCAUCUUCCACCAGGCAGACGGAAAGCAGCAGGAACUUCAAUGUUGACGUCUCUGGUCGAAGAGGAAGCUCGCUCUCUAGCAUCGCAGUUCAAUGGAAUCUGUCGUAAAAUGUUCCCGACGGCCGAAUUGGCCACUACUGUAUGUCGACAGCAAUCAGCAAUGAUGGGUUCGCACGGCGGACAGCAGCAGGUUGAUGAUCGCCAGCAGGCAAUCAAAAAUGCAAUGCAAUUGACGAGCGAGUUGAGUGUACAGCUGCAGUCCUACCUGGACCAGGAGGAAGCCGACCGGGACAACGAUAAUGUCAACUUUCCUGGCCUGCGCCAAUUCAGCCUGAUCACGCACAGCUUCGGCGUUCUGGUGGUGCAGGGCGUGCUGCAGGUCUUCCAAGGCUACCUGAACAAUCUGAUGAAGACUACUGGCGGCAUGGUCAUCCGCGAUCACGCCUUGCAGCACCAGCCGCCGGUCAACUCAAUGCAACACACGCCCGCAGACAGCAGCGAGAGCAUACCGCACAGCAUGCAUAAACAACACAGAUAGUGACCGGCAACAAGGCACAGCACCAGUGCUGGCGUCGACUCCCCAGUUGAUCAAGUACAUAUAUGUUGCCGCAUGCUAUUCCUGUUGAAUUGAACGGCCGAGAUAUCAUGUAAAGUAGGCUGUAAAAAAUAUGGGAGCGAAAACAUGAAAAGAUCGAAUUGAUAUCCUUACUAAAAGAUGAUAUCAUUGUGCUGCCUCGUCUGUGUAUUCAGUUCUGUAUGACCUAUGCUGGCUGGAAUUUCUUGAUCAAGUUGCUACUAAUGCUAUCUAAACUGAACAAGACAUCAUUUCACUGCAGCCCCGUUCCCUUCCUAGACAGACGCCCUAAAUCAGAGCAAACCCUUUCCCACCUUGGUCCUUUCCCGGCAGCCCUGUUUCAAGUUUCAUUUUCAUUUGAUAUGCCCUGUGGCGACCGAUACACACACAGAUUGAAAUUCUACCAAUGACUGCCUUACCUGAAUCCUAUAUUGUGGCUGCAUGCCGCCCGGCCCGACCGACACACAGUAUCAGUACAGCGUAAUUUAUUUCUCUAUUGUGAAUGAUCUGAUGGCAAUCAUGA